GCAUCGAAUGUCAUCAUUUCUUAUUCUCCUCUUCGUAGUGUGCUGAUUCUACGAAAUAUGGUGGAUUUGGAGGACUGUGACGACGAGCUGGAAUCAGAAGUGCAUAGUGAAUGUUCUAAUUACGGUCCGGUCGACCGAGUGAUCGUCCAUCAGCAAAUCGAUACAGAGACAAACACCGGAUGUGUCAAGGUGUUCGUUCAAUUCACCACUGCGGACGCCGUAGAUCGAGCCAUCCAGGCGCUCAAUGGUCGAUUCUUUGCCGGAAGGCAAAUCACUGCUGAGGUGUACGAUAAUGAAGCAUUCCUGAUGAACGAUUUUUCACUUUGA